AAAAAUUAAAGGCACCGAAGUCACCCAAACACUAUUACACUAGUAUCCACUGGAAGAUGGCCGUGUACAACUCGCGUUUAAAAAAGAAUUGGGAGGAUUUGGACGUGACGAAGGAAGAGCUAGAGACGAUAACUGACUGCCUGAAGAAAGAGGAAUUCCGGAAACUCCUAUUCGAGUACGCCGAGGAGGUGACCAACCCCGAGAACAAGAAACUCUAUCAAUCUGAGAUCGCGCAGCUGGAGAGAGAGAGAGGCGUUGAGGUGACGUUCGUUAACCCUGAGCCGGGUUACGUAAUAAAAACAAGCGUCGACGGCAGCAGGAAGUGCUUCGUAAACAUAAGCCAGAGCACGAGUGUCGGCAAGCCUUCGAGCCGGCCAAGCUGCGAGGGUGGUAGCAGAGGGCUGCAAUGGUCGAUUCCUCACACCUUGGCUCCCCCCCGCGAUGACCUCGACAAGAAGAGCGCCCGGUGCGUCGUCUUCGACGUGGUUUUCCAUCCAGACACCCUGCACUUGGCGAGUAAGAACUCCAAGUUCCGAGAGACGGUCAACCAGACGGCGUUGGACGGUGUGGAGAGCAGUUUCAAGGUCAAGCUUGACCGGAACAACCUCAAGUUCCCUAAGAUGAGCUUCAAGGGUGUCAGCCAGCCGACGGUGAUCAGAAAGAAGUCGGAGCGACCGAUGGAGCCAUCCGACGUUGACCUCGAGCCAGAGAUUUAUCAGAAGCUGAUGACCAGCUACGACAAGAACCGUGAGGAGCAGCUUCAAGCCUUGGAAAAACCCGCCAAGCGCCCGUCGCCUCCGACCAAGUACUUCGACGAGGGUAGGAGCAAGGAGAGCGAGUGCUCCGUGUACACCACUCCAAAGUUCGUCGUCAAGCAUCAGGAUAACGUCGAUAUACAAGACUUUCAUAACCACAAAAAUGCCAGGCUUCAUAAAACUAUUCCCAAAACACUUGUCGUCGAAAUCGACUUACCCCUUCUCAAAAGCGCCGGCGAUGCCACGCUCGACGUUCAAGAACGGCUGGUAGUGCUGAAGAGCGAGAAACCCGCUAAGUAUCAGCUUCAACUCCCUCUGCCUUAUAGUGUCGAUCCAGAUAAUGGAGGCGCAAAGUUUGACCCUAAAAACAAGAAGCUCACCGUCACUCUGCCUGUCCUCAGGGGUGUCGUUCCGCUCUGUGAUAACAGGGAGGAUAGCGGAGUCGACAGUGAUCAUGGCAGCCCUUUGGCAGACUCUGGCGACGAUGAGGAGGCUGGGAAAAAGGCUCUGGUUACCAUUAUUGAUAGGGAAAGUGCGUUCGGUGAAUGUGAGGAAGAUACCGCGCUAAGAACUAGUAACGAAAGCUUGCCUGAUGAACCGGCGUUCAUGAAACCUGAUGUCAAAUAUUCCCUUCCUGCCUUUAGCUGUAAUUUGUAUGAUAAGACCCUCGCUUUUACUAUCCACCUUAAGAAUGUCGAUCCCGAUUCGAUACGGCACAGAAUGCUGAAAGACAAUUCGGGCGUUCAUGUGCUGCUCACGUCGGUCGGAGCUGGAUUUUUUCCUGUUUAUUAUUCCAUGUGCUUUAAGACUGGGCGAGAAUCUAUUCGUCCCGAAUCACUGGUCAUAGAGCCUUGGGAUAACAAUGUUGUCUUUACCGUCACCUUAGAAGAUCGCAGGGAAGGUGUGACUAAGUACUUCGUUGGAAUCGACGAGGAGUUUAUGGAACUCAGGGAACUGUUCGCCCCUGUUUCGCUCAAAAAUAAACUCAAUGAACUUAUGAUCCAGCCUUGUCCACAAACAAAUAAGAAGAUUGAAGUUGUCGGAGAAGGCGAUGACAUUGUGAUUAAUAUAACGCCAAAUCAGUUGGAUUCAGACGAUGAGGCUGAGCGAGAAGAUACAGACUCUUCACGAUACGACGAUCAUAGAUCAAUAUCAGAAAGUAGCGGUGAUGAAUUAGGAAAUUUUCGUGGUACCGUUAGCAGGUCUAAGGGUAUACUAAAGUCCCGUCGUAAUUAUGGCUUCACACGUUCGGUUUCCGAAUCAAGCGUAGACGAUAGCGCUAUGCUUGCUUCUUCCAUAGACUUCCAUUCCGACUCAAUUCCAGAAAUGAAUUCUGAGUCUGGAAGUUCGAGUUUGAAGAAGACAGUUCGUUUUAACGACGUUGUUGCUCGCCAAUUAUACAGAUCCAACUCAAGUAUCCUAGGACAGCGUAAGAAGAACCAGCGUAAAUUACGCAAUAAAAAACGUGCGCACGAUCGUAGAACUAGUGAAAGUGAAAACUCUGAGAGUGAGGAGCGUGCGGAAAAGUACAAAAUUAAUCCUAAAAAUACCCCACCGGAAAAUAACAUCCAUGAAAAUGUGAAGCCGAUAUUAAAUUACGAUAAAUCGAUGGUACACAAAAAAUCUGAGCAUAUCGAUAUAGAAAAUCAAAAAAAUCACAACUCUCAUUCCAGUAAACGAAACGAUGAGAGUACAGAGAAACGACAUUGGAAUGAUGAUAAUGAAAAUGGUACAAACGUUGUUACAGAAGUUUUCAAGAACGAUUUAAUUUUUGAUCUUGAUAUUUAAUUUUUUCUGUUCAAUGCAAUUCCAUGUGAUACAUGGUUCCGAAUAAUUUAUAACAUUUGUAUACUUUAGUAGAAAGGUAUCAAUCGAGAGUAGAUACCUAAUCCAUGGGAUAAUAGGGAAGAAUACGGUUUUUGAUUUCAAUGGCAAUAAGUAAGAGUACCAUUAGAUAUGUGCUUGACACGUAACACAUUGCAAUUCAUUUAGACUUGUAUAAACCAUUUAACAGUGGAGAGGAAAAAGUAAUACAAAUUUUUUUACACGCUCGAGCACAAGAUUUCUAAGAGACGAAUCACUACUAUUAUUUUUUUCACGUAUAUACUUGUAUAGCUCACUAACGACUGCUAGGCUAGGUGUGAGGAAUAUUGAUGAAGUUUUUAAUGCAACAUGCAUGCAUACACACGUCCUAAAUAUCAUGCAACCAAUCGUACUAUUUUAUAGAGUGAAAAUUUCUAAUCGUUUAUUGGUUUUUACACGAAUUUCUACACUGUUUCAUAUUAAACGGGAAGUAAUGUUCACUCAACAUUAAUUUGUACAAAGAUCUUAUACUUAAUUAAAUUAUAGACAAUAUACAAAGUUGAAAGUGAGAUCAUUAGAGAUUUGGCAAUAUCGAUUAAAUCUAAGUAAAAUCAGAAACGGCAGAAGUAAAAAUUGAUGAACUUUGCUCAAUAGACAAUAUAGUCUUUUUGGCUACAUAUCGAAUUUUAAACUUUACAACCGUAUUCAACCUUAUAAUAGUAUUGCGGGAUAGACAAUAGUAUUUUACACACUAAAUUAAUCAUUUCUACAUGCACGGGAUCAAUGAGGAAAUUAUUGAUUCAACAUAUACUAUACCUUGUGUUAUAAAUACGAAAGAGAAGUAUGCAUUAUGAUUUGAAAGAAUAUUAUUUUUGUUCCUAGUGUAAUAAAUCAUGAGAAGAAAAUCGAU